GCAAUACAGAAAAGCACUGCAUCAAAAAAAAAAAAGAACCAAGAUAAAAAAAAAUACAACAUAACCUAAGACAUCCAACUAACUGGAACCGUUAGGAGAAAGGGGGAUACACCACCUGGGAGUAGGAAAGAGAAACGAAACGGUUGGAUAAAAAAUUAAGUAAAAAAAAAAAAAAAAAAAAACACUUCUUAAAGAUUAUAACGUUUCAGCUAUUGCGUAUAAAAAAUAAUAAUAAAAAAACAAAAAUAGCUGCUGUGUUUUUCUAGGUCGGAUAUUGUACAGGGCAGGAGAACGUAUUAGCUCUCGAGUGUUAUAGAACGAAGGGCAGAUAAACAAUAAGAGCUUUGUACAGUAUAAAAAUGCAAUAUUAAUAAUAUAAAAUAGAUAUUGUUAUUUUGUCAUCUUGGGAAAUCGUCGGUAAAGGCGUUGCGCAAACGGUUGCUAGCGAUUUCAUAACACGGCGCAGUAUUUUUGAAAUACACAGCUAGUCAUUAUGAAGUUUCUGUACAAAGAAGACCAUCCCUUUGAAUACAGGAAACGAGAAGGCGAAAAAAUUCGUAAGAAGUAUCCCGAUAGAGUGCCAGUGAUUGUGGAAAAAGCGCCAAAAGCCAGGGUUCCGAAUCUAGACAAAAGAAAGUACCUCGUGCCAUCGGAGCUCACAGUGGGCCAGUUCUAUUUCCUCAUUCGGAAGAGGAUUCACCUGCGUCCUGAAGAUGCUCUCUUCUUCUUCAUCAACAACACCAUCCCCCCGACCAGCGCAACCAUGGGCCUUCUGUACCAGGAAAAUCAUGAAGAAGAUUUUUUCCUCUAUGUAGCGUACAGUGAUGAGAGUGUGUAUGGACUGUGAGAGAAGGAGAGGAAGAGGUGAAGAGAGGGAGAGAACUGGGGGUGUGGGAGAGAAUGGGUAAGAAGAGGGAUGGGAAGAGGUAAAAAGAAGAGAGGGAGAAGAGCAAGAGAAGGGAGUGGAGAGCAGAUAAGCUAGUAGGGAGGGAAGGUGAUAGAAUGGAGAGGAGGAGGGGAUAGAGGAACAACAAGGAAAGGAAGGGGUAAAGAAGGAUUGAGAUAUCCCUCGAUGUUCUGAGUGUGUGUGGAAUUGUAAAAAUAUUUAUUCCUAAAGAGAUAGCUGCUUUGUUUCUGUCUGAUCUGUUGAAACAGGAUUUCUGUUAAAUUCUUUUCAGUUCUGUUGAUUUUGUGCAAUAAAUGAGUGAUGACCAUGCAA